UAUGCAUAAUCAUAAGGACAGUGUCAGUGUGGGAUAAGUUCAUUCACUGGGCAGACAGCGACUAUGGCGGCUAGGAUAGGAGGCAGUGUUCUGGUGACAGGGUCUAACCGCGGAAUCGGUCUAGAGGUAGUCCGUCAGCUGGCAGAGUCCACCAGUCCUCCAGCCCAGAUCUUUGCCGGGUGUCGAGAUCUGUAUGGAGCUCAGGCACUGAAGGAGCUGGCACAGCGGCAUCCCCAACUGGUCACUAUUGUGAGAUUGGAUGUUGCAGACCCAUUCAGUAUAUCCGAGGCCUCCAGGGUGGUUGGUGAUAAACUGAUUGACGGCAGCCUGAAUUUAAUCAUUAACAACGCUGCCAUUAAUGUCCCUGUCGUGAACGACGGGAAUAACCACCCUGGCACACUGGCAGUGACGGGCAAGAAGGAGAUGGUGGAUUUGUUUGUCACCAACGCAGUGGGACCCAUGCUCAUUGCUAAGGAGUUCAGGUCAUACCUGCAGAAGGCAGCUGACCAAUCAGGUCCUGCGACAACAGGGAUGUCCUGUAGCAGGGCAGCCAUCAUCAACAUCUCCACUCUGCUGUCCUCAGUUGAGAAGUGUCCUGAGACAUUCUCCAUGGCCCCUAUGUAUCCUUACAGAGCCAGCAAGGCAGCGCUGAACAUGCUGACACGCUGCCUGGCAGAGGACUUCAAGAGGGAUGGGAUUCUGGUCAUGGCCAUCCACCCUGGCUGGGUGAAAACUGACAUGGGAGGCCCACAUGCACCGGUGAAGACUGAGGACAGUGCCAAAGGCAUGCUGCAUGUGAUGUCAACCCUCACAGAGAAGCACAAUGGCAGCCUUCUGGACUGGGAAGGGAAUGGUAUCCCAUGGUGAUGUUCCAGGCCAAUGGUCCAGUCUCUGGGACCAAUAGACUUAGACUUCUGAGUUCUUUGAAAAAAUCUCUUAGUAUGACUGAAUAAUGUUUUGUCUUCUUAAAGGGGAGUCUGUAGUCUGUAAUCUCAUUUUUCAUUCUGAUUCAAUUGCUGGGCAUUUCUUAACUCAAUAAACUGACUGCAAGACUCUCA